AUGGUAAGCUUGAGCAUCAUGACCAACUAUCCUGCAGCUGCGCAUAUGAGGCUGUAUUAUUCUCCGGUGAGACGUGACAUGACUGCGGUGGCUGCAUUAACACAACAUUCUGUGAAGCCUCUUUCGAGAAGCGAUGAGCACUGGAAUUACUGUCAUGAAAUGCUUCCACAAGUGUCCAAGAGUUUUGGAAAGCUGGUUCUUCAACUCAAUCAACCUAAACUCCGUGAUUCGAUUUGCGCUAUGUAUCUGCUUCUCCGCAACCUGGACACAAUUGAGGAUGAUAUGGGGAUACCAGACGAGGUCAAAAUACCCACUUUGCAUAAUUACCAUCAUUGUUUUUCUGACAAUGAUUGGAAAUUUAUAUGUGGUACGAAUGCAGACCGAGAACUCACCAAAGGGCAUCAUCACAUUCAAGCCGCUUUGAUGGAACUUGAGAGCAGUUCACAAGAGAUAAUAUAUGAAGUGGCCAAGAGAAUGAGCCAAGCAAUGGCAAGAUUUAUACCUAAGGAGAUUGAAACAAUGAGCGAUUAUGAAGAAUAUACUGAAUACGUGCAUGGACUUUUUAUAUCGGGGACGUUGAGGCUCGCUCAUGCAUUGAUCGGUGAAGAUAUGGAUGAAGAUUCACUAACAUUUCUUUCCCAUUCCAUGGCUUGCCUCCAUCAGAAGAGGCACACUAUUUACAGCUAUCACGAGGACGUGACUGAACUCCCCAGGAGAAAGAUGUACUGGGCUAGAGAGAUUUGGAGUAAAUAUGUGGACAAAAUUGAGGACUUUCAAGAAGAGGAGAACUCAGUGAUGGCAGUGCAAUUCCUGAAUGAAAUGAUCUUAAACGCAUUGUCCCAUGCAGAAGACUGCCUUGAUUUCAUGCGUAAAAUUCAAGAUCCUAUGUUCUUCCGGUUCUACGCAGUUCCGCGACUUGAUUCUAUUGGAGAACUAGCUUUGUGUUAUAACAACCCUCAAAUCUUCACAAAAACCGUUAAACCAAAGAAUUCUGAUCUUAAAGCAAGAAUAUUUAAUCGGACAAAAACAAUGAGGGAUGUUUAUGGUGCUUUUUAUGAUGUUUCUUGUCUCAUGGAAACUAAGGUGAACAACGAUGACCCCCGUGCUGGAGAAAUUUUAAGCAAGCUUGAAGCAAUUAAGCACAAAUGCAUGAGCUCUGGAACUUUAGCAGCAAGGAUUAUGUAUCGCAAAGGUCUUGCCAUGACCAUGAGAAUGUUCCUCACCACAAGCAAGUCUGGAGUUCAAUAA